AUGUCCGUUCAAAAACCUGGGCAUCAGACGACUUUGGUAUCUUUGGGCGUCGUUAUCGGUGGUUGCCCCGACACGGGGCCCGACGUAGGAAAUAAUAAUAACGGCGAUGAAACAUCACCGACAGAGCUCCAGCUUGAAGUUAUCGAGCUCAUAUCAAAUAAAAAUUUCAAAGAAUAUUUCAAGGAGUCCCGUUUCCAACAAUUUUACGCCAUGUUGCCGAAGGAAUCAUUUUCAAAUCUCAAAAAACAUGUGUGUGAAAUUAUGUCAUUAUUUAGCUCAACAUACUUAUGUGAGCAGACGUUUUCAAAAAUGAAAUACGUCAAAUAUAAGCACAGAACUAACUUAAGUGACGAAAAUUUACAAGCUACGCUGCUUACAAGCUACGCUGCUAACAAGCAGUUCCAAACGUCUCACUAA